AAUGUCCGAAACACUGAUAAUUCGCUUCAAUGUUGGAGGAACUCCAAUGGCAACCUUGAAGACGACUUUCCCAGUUGACUCAAUUUUCCACAAAUGGUUUGUGUCAAGAACAAAGGCGUCCCCAUUCACAAGCGACCGAGAUGGCGCGUACUUUGUCGAUAGAGACCCAUUUUCAUUCGGCGUCGUGCUCAACUAUUUUCGUCUCCGGAAAGCUGGACAGCUUUGGGAAGCCUGUCUACCAAAAGACCCAGACAGGUUGGCAAUGCUGACACAGGAAGCAGAUUUCUUCCUUCUGCCUCAACUACGUGAUCAAGCAAUCUGCAUGCUUCAGCUAUGUAGUAAUAAAAAUGAUUCCAACUAUAUAAACGAGAUGCUUGCCAAAAGCACAAGUUGCCCGCAAGGAUUUGACAAAAAAGAGGAAGAGGAUGAAGAAGAUUUUUAAAUUCUGUAAUAAAUCUAUAUUUUGUGAUAAAAGCUACAGAAUAAACGAAUUCUUCUUUGCG